AUGCUAUUAUCAUCGCCCAUCUCGGCGACCACAACCCUGCUACACGCAACACCUACCCCUCCACCUCGAAGCGAACGAAGUCUUCUCAACCGCAAAAAGACAGCAGCACGCGCAAUGUCACAGAAGAAGGUAUACGGGAAACGAAAAGCAAAUGCGCCUCGGGCGGUGUUUGAGGAGGGAAGUCCCAUGAAGUCGGUAGAGACAGUGAAGCCGUCUUCCACGGAAAAGAUGGAGAGGGCACACGGACACAAUAAACGGGGUAUAGAGGCUGCCAGGGAGACGAAGGAGAAGGAAUUGCGCAAGGAACGUGCGAAGGAUGCUGCCGCUGUUGAAAGGUCUCUGGAUGUUGUGGGUGAGAGGCUGGCUGCGAUUACGAUUGACGAUACACCUGUCCGUGAACAGGAGAAACGAAACCAGUCUGAGCGGAGGGGGGAUCCCGUUGUCAAUACGAGCCCGCUUGGAAAGAAGAAGAAGAAGCCUGUUAAGAAAUCUACUCACAAGGGCGAACCGACAAGGUCUGAGGCACAUUAUGAGACGAUGGUGGAAGUGAGGAUACCGAGGAAAGACGUGACAGAAGGGGAUCAUCAAAACCAAGAACAACGACAGUUAAAAGAGCAAAGCAGGCAGACAAGGAACAAGACAACUAAGCCUAAACCCGCGUCCCGUCAUUCAUCAGGAUGUGUGCACGACGAGAGAGCAACUGCCUACAUCCAACCUAUUCUCAAUGAAGCCCUAUCCCCAGUAUCCUCUCGAGGUAUCCAGAAAUUCAGCUCCUGGGCCUCCCGUGCUGGUGACAUGUUUGAAGUCGUCAAGAUAGCCGAAGGCUCGUACGGAGAGGUCUACAAGCUUCGAUUUCGUCCAGAGCUGUGCAAGCAGACAUUCUCGAAAUCCAAGCUGGCCCGCCUCCAAUCCUACGGUGAAGGUGUCUUUAAGAUCGUCCCAUUACGUGCACAGAGAGGACCCGGUUCGAAGAAAUUCACAAGCAUCGAGGAAAUUGUUUCCGAGGUGAAAAUGCUCAAAUAUCUUGAUCCCAUCCCGGGAUUUGCUCGAUUCAGAGAAAUCCAUGUCGUCCAAGGCCGAUUUCCAGAGUCCUUCCAGAAUGCUUGGGUGCAUUACAAGCAGACCCGGCCGGCCGAUGAUUGUCUCAAUCCCAAUCCAGCUAGUAAGAAGGCCUAUCCUGAUGGACAGCUUUGGGCGAUCUUGGAAAUGGAUGACGCUGGAUGCGAGUUGGAGAAAUUCUCUUGGGGAUCCGUUUUCCAGAUCUACGAUAUUUUUUGGGGAGUGGCCAUGGCUCUUGCAAGAGCAGAGGAGUAUGCUAUGUUUGAGCAUAGGGAUCUGCAUCUGGGAAAUGUCUGCAUCAGGACUACACGCUCAGAUGGCUCCAUGGCCCCGCCGAUGGAUCUUGAGAUCGCAAGUCGGGCAUAUUCGAGCGGAUUCGGACUGAGCAGGCUCGAAACAACCAUUAUUGACUACUCGCUUUCUCGUGCGGAUCUGCGGGUCGACGAUGAUACUGUCGAGAUUGCCUACUCGGAUUUGGACAAGAAAGACAUAUUUGGCGCAAUUGGCCGGGAUGAGGAUGAGAUUCUAUUGAGGAACACGUAUAGAUACAUGCGCGCCGGAGUCUACAAAGGAAAGCCCCUAGAUACAGAGCCCACUCCAGACAUUCCAGGAAUAUGGGCCGAAUAUUCUCCCCGGACAAAUCUAAUCUGGCUGCUUUUUCUCCUCAAAAACCUCCUGAAAAACAGGCAACCAGAGCAGUCACUUCGACAAUCCCCUCCUUCUCAACGACAGACGCCGAGGAAGCCGCUAGCUCCCUGCUCGCCCAAUCCUCGGCAGGCUUCACAUAAGCAUCCCAAAGAAGGUGGAAACCCGCAUGCUGCGGAGAAGUCCAUCAGGCCAACAGGUAUCAAUAGCGAAGCCCUGCUCCAGGUUUCUUUAUUCAAAAAGGUUCUCGAAGAGAGACUUGUUUCCGUACUGGAAUUGCUGGACCUUGAACAUGGUCAUGAGGAGAUGUGUUGUGCGGCUGACCUUGUGGCCUAUGCAAUUGAUGAGGGGUGGCUUGAUGAGAAGGACUUUUCUGAUUGA